UUGCCCCACCCUUUCGCACACAAGAUGGCGGCGCCCAGCGGAAUAGAGGCCGCGUUUGGGGUUUGCUGAAGCUGACUCCCUUUCCCACUGCCCCUUUGGACGCAAAGAGCCGCGAGCCCCGAGGACAGGGGCCGGGCGGGGACAGCGGUUCCUGCGUAGCUGGACCGCGAGCCCGCGCCCAGCCUGCGCCGCCCCCACCCGGCCCCGGCCCGAUCCCAACCGUUCCCGGUCUCCUCUCGGUCUGACCCACUGCCCGGCCGUGGUUCGCCACCACCAGGCCUCCAAAGCUGAGAUAUCUCCUCCAGCCCGGGCUCACCUCCACUUUAGAGAUGUUUGGCCUCUUCCCUUCCAAACGGGCCGCAUUCAAAACCGGGACUCCUGGACCAGCACCUGGUCUCCUUUCCCUCCACUGAGACUCCACUUCGCUCUAACCCACUCCUUCCUCUGUUUCUUGAUUCUCCCUGGCUUGGAGACUGCCUCACUUCCCUUCCAAAUUAAUCUCCGACGCCCCCAAAUAUUAUUAACCUUGACACCCUCCUCAACCGGGAGUCAGACUUCUUUUGGAUUAACCUCCACAGUCCUAUCAUGGAGGCUGUGUACCUGAUAGUGAAUGGGGUGGGCCUUGUGCUGGACCUGCUGACCUUGGUGUUGGAUCUCAACUUCCUGCUGGUGUCCUCCCUCCUGGCUUCUCUGGCCUGGCUCCUGGCCUUCAUCUACAACCUGCCACACACGGUACUGACUAGUCUUCUGCACUUGGGCCGCGGAGUCCUGCUUUCACUGCUGGCCUUGAUCGAAGCCUUGGUCCGGUUCACCUUUGGGGGCUUGCAGGCCUUGUGUACUCUGAUGUACAGCUGCUGCUCUGGCCUGGAGAGCUUAAAGCUCCUGGGGCACCUGGCCUCUCAUGGGGCACUGAGGAGCCGGGAGAUACUGCACCGGGGUGUCCUCAACGUGGUCUCCAGUGGCCAUGCUUUGCUGCGCCAGGCCUGUGACAUCUGUGCCAUUGCCAUGAGCCUGGUGGCCUACGUGAUCAACAGUCUGGUCAACAUCUGUCUCAUUGGCACUCAGAACCUUUUCUCCCUGAUGCUGGCCCUGUGGGAUGCCGUGAUGGGGCCACUGUGGAGGAUGACGGACGUUGUAGCUGCCUUCCUAGCCCACAUUUCCAGCAGUGCUGUGGCCAUGGCCAUCCUCCUCUGGACCCCCUGCCAACUAGCACUGGAGCUCCUAGCGUCAGCUGCCCGCCUCCUGGCCAGCUUCGUGCUUGUCAAUGUCACCGGCCUGGUGCUGCUGGCUUGUGUGCUGGCGGUGAUGGUGACCGUGUUGCACCCGGACCUCACUCUGAGACUGGCCACCCGGGCACUCAGUCAGCUCCAUGCCCGGCCAUCCUACCACCGGCUGCGAGAAGAUGUCGUGCGGCUAUCUCGCCUGGCACUGGACUUGGAGGCCUGGCGCCGAGUCUGGAGCCGCAGCCUGCAGCUGGCCACCUGGCCGAACCGGGGAGGGGCCCCCGGGGCUCCUCAGGGUGGCCCGAGGAGGGCGCCCUCGGCCAGGACCUGGCGACAGGACACUCUUCCUGAAACAGGGUCCAGAUCAGAGGCAGAAGAGGAGGAGGUCGGGACGGUUAGAGCAACAGCUGCCCGCGGCCGGGAGAGGCUCAAUGAGGAGGAGCCCGUAGCUGGGCAAGACCCAUGGAAGUUGCUCAAGGAGCAAGAGGAGCGGAAGAAGUGUGUCAUCUGCCAGGACCAGAGCAAGACGGUGCUGCUGCUGCCCUGUCGGCACCUGUGCCUGUGCCAGGCUUGCACCGAAAUCCUGAUGCGCCACCCCAUCUACCACCGCAACUGUCCACUCUGCCGCCGGGGCAUUCUGCAGACCCUCAAUGUCUACCUCUGAAGACUCCUUCCCUGUCUGCCCACCUGUCUGUGCUCCAUGAAGCCACCUGUGCUAGGACAGCUUUAACACCCGACCUCUCGGUUUCCGGCCUGAAUUCCCUCCUGCCCCCAUGGCUGUCAUGCCAAGCCUCUAAGCCAUACAUCCAGGACAUUGAGAUAGGAUACUCUGGAAGACUUAUGACCCGGGUGGGGCAGGGUAACAGCUCUUCCUUACCCAGUGGGUCCCUGUGACGCCGGAGGUGGUGAGUGUGUCACACUAUGCAAGGCCCCGAGACUGCCGUGGACUCCCCUCCAGGUUGCCAGGGCCCAUCCAGAUGCCAGCCUCUGGGGCUCCCCCGCUGUGCUUCUGGUUUUUCUGUUGGGGAUUUGCAGGUCCUCUCCCUGGCCCCUCCCCAUUUCCUCCCCAGCUUCAGCCACAACAAAGCACUGUCAUUUGGGUGUUUGGGCAACUCAGGGGCCUUGGAAUGAUCUUGAACCUUUGCUUUCAGCCAGAGCGCCCGUGCCCUGGUAAGCCUUGGGGAUAGUAUCUCUCAGGUGCCCUUAGAGCUACCACUUCUGCCUGUCUUGAUCUUACGAGGCUCCCUCCCAACCUGAUCCAAGAGCUAGGAUCAAGAGUUUACCCCUUGGAGGGUGGGUGUCUUCACCUGGCUUUGGGACCACAUACCCUCUGGCACCCCAGCUCCACUGGGAGCCUCAGGAGGGAUAACCAGAUUUCUACUCCUACCCUUUUCACUCCCCACAUCACAGAGAACAUUGGCAUUCCCCUUCUGUUUGUCUCUCCCUGGCACUGGGGAGGGCAGACUGUGCACAUUUGACCAGGGUCCAAAUACAGAAGGGGCCAGCCUAGGGGCAUGCAGCUCCCUGCUGGGUCUGUGUGGCCCAGUUUCUAGUGAAUAAAGUUCUGUUGACCGCUC